CACAAAAUGAGUGAAAUCCAAUAGUUCGUCCCACUCCCACUCCCACUCCCACAUUUCCGUGGACAACCGACAGCAGCCACAAAACCCGAUUAACUGAUUUCUUCACCGGAGAAUCAUGGCAGGAGCUCUAACUUUUGCCUCAAUCCCAAUUCUUCGGCCACUUUCCUGCCGUAAAAUGCCGAAAAAUUCAUUUCGAAUUAGGGCUUCGACGGAAAUCUCAGAACCAACAGUAGAGUCAAGUUCUCAAGGGAGUUCCGAUGCUAGAGUUUCGACAUCGAAACCUACUUUCUCGGCGCCGCCGAAUUUCAAGGCGCCGGAGCCGAAGCGAUUCGGUAUCAGACCGGAUAGGACUCUUGAUAUUCUUGGGGCUUCUCUUUCUCUCAUCUUCCGAUUGGGUACCGGCGUCUUUGCUGAUGGGUAUUCAGUGUCCCUUGUGUCAAAGGAUGAAAUCCCAUCUGACCAAUAUGCUCUGGAGUUCGCUGGUUUUAAAUUGAAGGAGAGCUCAAAGUUAGGUCCACGUCCUGAAAAGCCUAUUGAGAUAUAUGAAUUUGAAAGUUGUCCCUUCUGCCGAAAGGUCAGGGAAAUUGUAGCAGUGUUGGAUAUUGAUGUCUUGUACUAUCCAUGUCCUAGAAACGGGCCAAACUUCCGUCCGAAAGCAGCUCAGAUGGGUGGCAAGAAGAUGUUCCCUUACAUGGUGGAUCCAAACACUGGAGUGGCUAUGUACGAAUCAAAUGAUAUUAUUAAGUAUUUGGUUAACAAAUAUGGUGAUGGUCAAGUCCCUCUUUUGUUGUCGCUAGGUCUACUAACGACCUUAACUGAAGGAUUUGCAAUGAUUGGUCGUAUGGGCAGAGGGCAGUCUUAUACUCCAGCAAAAAUGCCACCUAAGCCGCUUGUAUUCUGGGCUUAUGAGGGUUCUCCCUUCUGCAAAGUUGUUCGUGAGGUGCUUGUGGAAUUGGAGUUGCCACACAUCCAGCGCAGCUGCGCACGUGGCAGCCCCAAAAGACAGGACCUGUAUGCAAGAGUUGGUCACUUUCAGGUACCUUACUUGGAAGAUCCAAAUACCGGGGUGCAAAUGUUCGAAAGUGCAGAAAUAGUAGAUUACCUAAAAGCAACAUAUGCUCUUUAGUGAGGCAAAUGAAGAUUGGUGAAUCCGGUUUUCUUCUUGGAGUCUAUUGUGUUGGUCUCAAAAAGUUACUUCCACACUUUGUUAUUGCUUCUGAAAUAUGAGAAGUGGCUAAGAACUUGUACCUUUGGCUAUUUGCCUAUAGUUGAUCAUAGGCUCCAGCAUCACUGUGCUGCUUCUAGUUAGUGGAAUGAAGAAGGCGUGCGCCUAUGACAUGCUAGGGAGUUCCUCACUCUUUUACACGGCCUGACUGUCUGCUGCAUAAGCUCCCAUCCAAUUCAAGAGAGAAACCUCCGCUUGUGCCGGUUGAUGUAAUUUUCCAAAGCAUUGUAUUGUUAUGCUGUAUGCUUAUGCGUAGGUGCUCUUGUUACUUUACCCAUUAAGAGAAGCACGGCACUCAGUGAACUACUGCAGGGUACAUAACUUAUUUUUAUGUUGAGGACCUGAAACCAACUUCAGGUGACGAGGGACUGUAAAUCUGUAAUGGGGGAGAAUCUCAAUCCUAUAGAAAGUUUAUAGUUUUUUUUUAAAACUAGAGUUACAUAAUUGUUAUACUCGAUCUGCACUUGGAAUUUUGUGAUCUAUGGUAGACAAUUAAGGUUUGUACAAACUUCCUGUUCUAUCCGGGAAUAAAGACGUGGGAAAGUAGCUAAAGGAUGAA